AGUCACUCAGAACACGAUCUUAGUGUUGUCAGUCGACAAAACCAAACUUUAUUUGUUUUUUGUACGAGUGAGGGCGGCAUGUCCAAUAUUCAUGGAAAGACAAAAUUAAGAUUAAACGGUGACAAAUGAGUAAUGACUAAACUUUCCUUGUCCAAACAAUUGAGAAAAAUGACUAAACUUUUCUUGUCCAAACAACUGAUUCUUGUUUUCUUUGGAUUGUCCGGUAGAAACAUUGGCCAAUGGAGUAGUAUUUAUCUAGACUUUUUAUUGCUGAUAGAAGCUAAGCAGAGACGUGUUUAGGAGACAAUCAGGAUUAUCAACGGAAGUUUCCAUAUUUGUACUUUAUUGUCAAUGGUGACAAAACCAUAUUCAUCCCUUGUUCUUGUAUUUACCUUCCUCUUUCAGUCCUCUUGGCAUUUGUCUCGUUUACAGGCAUAUUUAAAUGCUGCUCAAUGACAUUUUCUUCCGCUCUCUCUGCCAUGGAAACCGCGGCAGUGAUCAUAGUUGAAGCCUUUAAAUCUGGAAUCAUCUUCUUCACUUCAAAGAUCACCACCUGUGUAAAGUUGAAUGGCAACAUCAACGAUCUCCACAAUGAAUUACAGAAACUCGCUGAGAAAAAGAAUGAAAUAGAAGAUGAUGUUAGAUUAGGGAGUGCAGAAGGGAAGUACCCAACAGCACAAGUUAAUGGUUGGCUCAAAAAGGUUCAGGAGAUCGAGCGUGAAGUGCAGCCGCUGCUGGAAGAAGGUAGUUUCGUUGCUGUCAGUCGGUGCAGUGCAGAUCCAACGAUGUGUCGUCGUUACCAACUAAGCAAAAAAGUGGCUGAGAAGUGUGAAGAAGUGAAACAACUAUUGGUAGAGUCAUGUAGCUUUCAAACUGUGGUGGUUGAAAGGAAGUCUCCGAUAAAAGCCAUUGAGAAACUUCCAGCACAGUCUCUUGCAGGUCAAGAAGAAGCACAGCAGAAGAUAGUGCAGCUUAUGGAGCUCUUGAAAGAUGAUAGUGUCAAAAGGAUUGCUGUUUGGGGAAUGGGAGGGAUUGGGAAGACAACUUUAGUAAAAAACUUGAACAAUUUCAUGGAGUCCUCUUCUUUGAUGGAGUCAUUUGAUUUAGUCAUCUGGGUUACAGUUUCAAAGGAGUCUGAUACGAGGAGGCUUCAGUCUCAAAUCGCUGAGAGGUUGCAUUUGGAAUUCGAUUCAGGAGAAAGCAUACAAGUGAGGGCGAAGAGGCUUCACCGACGAUUGAUGAUGAAAAAGAAGCUACUCAUCAUUUUUGAUGAUGUUUGGGAGAAGAUUGACUUGGAUUCUAUCGGAAUUCCACAAGGCGAUGAACAAGCAGUCUGUAAGAUCAUAGUGACUACCCGGAAUCUUGACGUGUGCAGGCAAAUGAUGACCAAUGCAGACAUCAAGCUGGACCUACUAAACGAUGAAGCAGCGUGGAACUUGUUUGCGGAAAAUGCAGGGGAUGUGGUUCAGUCGGAAGGAAUAAAUCCACUGGCGAAAGCGAUCGCUAGUGAAUGCUGCGGUCUGCCAUUGGCGAUCACAACAAUGGGAAAGUCCAUGAGAAACAAAACCAUGAUCGAGUUGUGGAGGAAUGCACUUUGGCAGUUGCAGAAUUCAACACCUCAUGUUGGGAGCUUUGAGAAGGAUGUCUAUCUGCCUUUGAAGUUGAGUUAUAAUUCUCUACCAAGUAAGCUUCAUCAGUUAUGCUUCUUAUAUUGUUCCUUAUACCCCGAAAGCUUCUCUAUCGAAACUAGUGAACUAAUACAAUGCUGGAUAGCUGAUGGACUCAUCGAUGAACAUCAAACUUUAGAGGAAUCAUUCAAUCAUGGAAUUGCUUUAAUCGAAAACUUGAAAGACUCUUGCAUGCUUGAGGAAGGUGAAGGUGAUGGAACCGUAAAGAUGCAUGAUAUUCUGAGAGAUUUAGCAAGAUGGAUGUCAAAAGAAAGCGGGUUCUUCUGUCAAUCUGGUAUUUCCUUGCUUGAAAUCCCACAGACGCUGCAGAAAUCUUUUACCAGAAUUUCAUUCAUGAACAACAAGAUAGGGAGGUUACCAGGCCAAUUAUUGGGAUAUUCUGAGCUCACCACUUUGCUUCUUCAAGGUAAUCCUCUGAAGAAAAUCCCAGAAAACUUCUUUCGAGAAGUUAUGCAACUUAAAAUCCUCAAUUUAAGUUGCACUCUCAUAACUUCCUUGCCCCCUUCUUUACUUUAUUUAGUGGAGCUUCGAGCUCUUCUGCUGCGGAACUGUUGUUCUCUAGAAACAUUGCCACCGCUUGGAGCACUUGAAAAGCUUGAAAUGCUUGAUCUCUAUGGCACUCCACUUCAGGAAUUACCGGAAGACAUGUGCAGGCUUAGUAAUCUGAGAGAACUAAACUUAUCCUGCACAUACCAGUUGAAAAACAUUGAAGCAGGAACCAUAUUGGGACUAACUAGUCUUGAGACCUUGAAGAUGUCUUUCAGUGCUUAUAAGUGGGAUGGAAGAAGUAAUGUAGCAGAAAAAAGAGCAACAUUCGAUGAGUUGUUGUCGUUAGAGCGACUUUCGGCCCUCCAUAUAACACUCGAUACAGUUGAUCAUCUUACUUUAGAUUCUGCGUGGCUGCAACGACUCAAGAAGUUCAACAUACAAAUCAGGCCAAGCAGCAGUAAUUCAAACAAUCUAUCGACUCAACAAGACGAGAAAAGGCUUGUUCUCAAAGGGGUUGACUUGAUGGGAAGAGGGUUUGGAGGAUUAUUGUCCAAUGCAACUGCCAUAGACCUUGUAAUAUGUGGGGGAAUUAAGGAGUUAUCUGAACUAGACGCCAUGAACAAGUUGUGUGGCCUACCAGAGCUAAAGUCGCUUGCGAUAUCAAGUUGUUUGUGCUUCAGAAGUUUAGUAAGUGGUGAUAAGAUCCUGGAAAACAUGUUACCAAAUCUCGAGUUCUUGACACUCAGUCGCUUGAGAAACCUCGAAAACAUUGUGGAAGGCGUGGUCUCUAAAGGAGGAUGCCUUUCCAGGUUAAAGAUUAUAGAAGUAGUGAACUGUCCAAGACUGAGGAAUGUAAUCUCAUUUGCUAUGCUCCAGCAGCUGCAAAACCUUGAAGAAAUUAAGGUCGGUGACUGUCGGAGAAUGAAAAGCCUUAUUGCAGGUAAGGCGUCGGAUGCAGUCCUCCAGAGGUUAAGAGUCAUAGAGAUGAGGAAUAUGGUCAAUUUGAGGACUAUUUGUUCAAGAAGCAGAACAGCUUGGCAGAAUUUGGAGAGGAUUGAAGUGAGUAACUGUCCUAAGUUGAUGACACUGCCUCUAUCAGCAAGCAAUGCAGAAACCAUUGGAGAAAUAAAGGGAGAUAUGCAAUGGUGGAAUAAUCUUGAGUGGGAAGAUGAUAAGAGUAGAAACAUUCUUCAGCGUCGAUUCAUAGCAUCCGGUGUCUCGAAUGCACUGAAAAGACAAGAGAGGCCUGAAGAAAUUGGGAAGAGUAGUUGGCAAGCAUUUUUCAGGGAUAGAUUCCAAUCACCGAUUCGCUGGUAGAUUUUCAGAUGUAUUACUAGUGUAAUCUAUUGAUAAUGAAAAUGAAUUGACUUGGGAAUAUCUC